AUGGACGUGGCAGGACACGCCACCGUCUUGAAUCCAACCCAAGAACCUCAGGCACUGUUCGAAGAGGCGGAGACAUUGGUUGAUCAAUUGAAUCACCCCACGGGGACUAUUAAAAACAACAUAAAAUCAAUACAAGAUAGACUACAACAGAUCCAAAAAUCACCCCAAGGCUGGGAUGUGGCUCGUUAUCUAUUAGACCACCCUAAUUCUAGCACCAAGUUCUUUGGAGCCUUGACAUUUAUCGUAAAGAUAAAUCAGAGUUGGUCCGACCUUUCUACCGACGCAAUUCAGCAACUCAAGACAUAUCUGAUUGGCUCCUACGUCACUUUUAUUGAAUCGCAAGAAAAGCAACUGGUGACUAGGAAACUUUCAGCGGCCUUGAUAGCUAUCUUCUUUGCCGACGAAUCAUGGACUCAUCCCAUUCAGGAUAUUGCGAACUUCUUCUGGCAACAUGGCCGUGAGUCGUCCUCUGAAAUUGACUAUGAGGGAACGGUUAUACCUGCCCUGAACGAGACACAGAUCUCAGGACUGCUAUCCUUCGCGCAAACGUUGGCCGAGGACUCUGUAAAAAGUUGCGGGCUUCUUCGAAAGAGCACCGGCGGUCAUCCUAUUACGGAAAGCAUAGAAGAUGCUUUUAGUCUAUGCAACUACGUUCUUGGAGUAUUACUGAAUCAGUACAGAGCUGAGGGCGAUGUCACUGAGAUGACUGGAUUUGGAGUACUAGAUGCUUGUCGUGCGUGGAUUAGCGUGCGGACUUCUAUCUAUCUUCGAGACCGUUCCGAGUCACACAACGUACAAAGCACAGUUGAUCGAAUAAUUCUGUGCGUCGACAUUACAACUCUAUGUAACCAUGCAACAGAAAUUCUGUCCGAUAUGCUCAACAUGGAAGAUCGUCUACUGAAACCGGCUCACCUUCAAUUUAUCUUGAAUUACAUUCAAGGUAAUCAAGGAGCGGAGCUAGUACAAAGACUCAUUGAUGGAGAUGAAGAUGACGAUGCCAUGGGAUUCUGGGACCUCCUCGAAGCUUAUACCCAAUCCAGAAGGGUCGACCUCGUUACGAACAGUCUUGGGCCGAGCCAUGCCGUGCUUCUGACAUAUUUCGAUGUGCUGUUCCAAGGCCCUGGUCAUCCAGGAGUUGAUGAUAUCAUAGCUCCUCGUCUUUUAGAAUGGUGGACUGAGACAGCAGAUACACUGCUCGACGGCGUAGAGGAAGGGCUUGAGGCGGCUCGCCAACAUCUUGCAAAGGCGGUACUCAAUGUUUACAAUCGACUGAAAUGGCCUGCAGAGGAAGAGUUUGACCAAUGGGUUGCUGACGAAAGAAGCGAAUUCUAUAACUUUAGGCGGGACACCGAAGAUUUCCUGCUUACCUCAUAUGCAACGUUGGGUCUAGAGCUGUUCGAUCUGUUCCGCCAGAAAGCUGUUUCUGCUUUGGAUGUGGGAGAUUGGAACGAAUUCGAGGCUGCUUGCUUUUGCUUGUCUCAGCUUUCCGAAGCCGUUGACAGCUCGGAAGCUGCUCUUGACCAUCUGAAUGCUAUAUUCACAUCAGACAAAUUUACAGAGAUCUGCUUUAACAGCGAUCAACUACCCACCAAAACUCGGCAAACUCUGGUUGACAUGCUUGGUAAAUACCAAAGCUACUUUGAGCGCAACCCGAGCCUUUUGCCGAAAGUCCUCACCUUUUUGUUUUCUUCAUUGAAUGUUGGGUCGUGUACCAACAAUGCAUCGCGUUCUAUCGGUUCUCUUUGCAAAUCUUGCUGCCAAGCUUUAGUUGCUGAGCUUCCUGUCUUCUUGAGGAUUUGCAGCGAAUUUCAACAAAGUCAAGCUGUCACCGUGCAGAGCCUGGAGCGUGUCGUUGAAGGAAUAGCUGCAGUUGUUCAGGUACUCCCGUCAGAAGAGGCAAAAGCUCCUUGCAUAGACGAACUACUCAGGCCAUUCUUCUCCCAGACAGCAUCUGCACGGGAUGAUGCGUUGAGAGGAGACAUUGAGUCUGCUCAUACUCGUGGUCAUUUAGCCCUUAAGUGCAUCUCUGGAAUAGGCCGAGGACUUCGGAGCGAUGACUCCAAGGUCAUUGAUCUUGAGAGCGAAGAAACGCCAUUGGAUGACAAUUCAUUUUGGGACACACAUCCUCUUCAAGAGCAAUUGCGCCAGUGCCUUUUGGUAUACUUGAACGGCUUCCCCUUGGAGCAUGAGAUCAUUGAGGGUAUCUGUGAAGUCUUGAAAGCUGGUUUCACGGAGAAGAUCGGGCCGUUUGUAUUCAGACCUGCAAUUACAGUCCAUCUUCUUACAACGGUCCCACUCGGCGCAGCUGGGGCGGCGGACGUGGUGAUGAGCACGGCAAGCUCGUUUCUUGCCUCGCAUCAGAGCAACCCAGGAAAAGUGCAAGAGGAGGCCGCUCUAUUAUUCGUUCAUGUCUCUUGGACAUUCUCACUCAUGAUGCAGAAUCCACAAAGUCACGAUCCUGAAGUUUCAAAUAGCGGAAUCUCAUUCCUGACUCGGUCACUACCAAAGUAUCAUGAGAUUCUCUUCUCAUUGACAUCAGCCCCAGCUGCUUCUACAUUCCACUUCGCUGCACCACCACCUAACAUGAAUAUGGAAAUUCCAGUUCUGCAAACAAUCCUGAAUUUCAUCAGCAAUGCGCUAUCUGGCCGGGAACCAUUGCCGCUACGGUCAGCCUCUCAAUUCUGGGUCGGCGUCCUCACAUUACCAAAUGCUACGAAUGGCAUGACGAACGCAUCUCGAGCGAUUCAAGAAUAUCUCCCAAGCCUCUGUCACGUGCUGAUGACACAAGUGAGCGGAUCCUGCGCCAGAUCAGACAUCAACCAUCUGUGCGAAGUGCUCAAGAAGAUUCUUUUCAAAUUCCAGGGCGAAGCACGCAACCUUCUUGCUGCGUCGUUGGCUUCACUGGCUGGUCCAAACGAGCAGACCCCUUCUGGACUUUCGAAAGAAAAAGAGAGAUUUCUGGCGAUGCUACUAGGAGCAAGAGGAGGGGCUGCAACACAAGAGAUUGUCCGUACAUAUUGGAUCAAUUGCCGGGGCGCAGGGUUUGCCUACCAAGCUUGA